GUCCUAUGUCUGGUUCUAACUGUUGCUUCUUGACCUGCAUACAGGUUUCUCAGGAGGCAGAGUAGUCUAGUAUUCCCAUCUCUUUAAGAAUUUUCCAGCUCUUUCUUGACUCCAUCUUCGCAGUAACGGCAGUGGUGUCUGUGAUCUAGUUGCCAACAUGCAGCUCUUUGCGCCCAGGAGCUACACACUCAAGGUGACCGACCAGGAGACCGUUGCCCAGAUCACGGCUCAGGUAGCCUCGUUGGAGGGCAUCCCUCCAGAAAAUCAAGCUCUGCUCGUGGCAGGCACACCCCCAGAGGAUGAGACUACCCCGGGCCAGUUUGGGGUGGAGGCUCUGAGCACUCCGGAAGUAGUUGGCUGCAUGCUUGGAGGUAAAGCCCAUGGUUCCCGGGCCCAUGCUAGGAAAGCCAGAGGUCAGACUCCCGAGGUGGCCAAACAGGAGAAAAAGAAGACAGGCCGGAUCGAGAGGCACAUGCUGUACAACCAGCGCUUUGCCAGUGUUGUGCCCACCUUUGGCAAGAAGAAGGGCCCCAAUGCCAACUCUUCAGUCCUUUGUAAUCUUGACUUUCUCUAA